CAAAAUACACAUCACAUCUUCCUAUAUUUUAAGAGACACCGAAUCCCUUCCAGCAUUUGAACGUCAUCCUUUCAACCAAGACAAUAAUCAUGUUGCACGCACUGUUCUUCAUUGUUUUCAUCGCCUCAGUGUCAGGGGCACCUAAUGGAGGAACAGGGCGAAUUGUAGGUGGUAGUCAGGCAGUGUCAGGUCAAUUUCCUUAUGUCGUUUCGAUAUCCAGGAAUGACCUGCACAUUUGCGGGGGAUUCAUCUACAACGAUCGAUGGGUCGUAACUGCCGCAUCAUGCGUUAUUGACGAAGUCAAGGACACUAUCCUGGUAAAAGUCGGUGCGUUGUCCCUCAUUACACCUGAACCGGAGGAGCAAAUCAUCAGCGUGCUGUCCAACGUAACAUUCGACUUGUACAAUCGAGAAACUAAACUGCACGACAUUGCGCUCAUCGAACUUUCACGGCCGAUUGUAUUCAGUUCGACGGCGGCCGCAAUUCGCUACGAUGAAAUUGAUGAACUUGCCCAGCCAUGGAGAGGAAUGAUCGUUGGAUGGGGAGCCACCACUCAAGGGGGAACUGCAGCUACGAGGUUGCGUUAUGCUGCGAUUGAUGAUCUGGCAGCUGAUUGUCGUGCUUACGGUAUUGAUGAAUUCGUCCAGAAUUUCAUGAUUUGCGCUGGCUCCACAACAGGAACGAUUGCACCGUGUGAAUAUGACGAGGGAUCACCUUUGACCCAAGAAGCGAAUUAUGGCGGAGUUCAACAGACGAUUGUUGUUGGCAUCAUGUCGAAGAACCUCGGCUGUGGAGAUCCAACUAUUCCAAGCAUUUACACGCGUUUGGCAACCUAUUAUUCGUGGCUUCUACAGAAUGCGGGACAACAGCCUGCUUUCAUUUAAAUCAUGUUGAAUUAACCCCAGCAAACAUGUCAGACGAAUGCUGCACGAUCGUGACAAUAUACACGCUUCCUUAAUUAA